AUGUUAUGGAACAAAAAUGUAUGUAAACCUUUUUCUCCUUUAGGUGGAUUGGCCAUCGGUAUUCCUGGAGAAAUAAAAGGUCUAUAUAAGGCGUGGAAGCUGGGUGGGCGGUUGCCAUGGAAACAACUUCUACAACCAGCAAUUAAACUUUGUAAAGAGGGAUUUAAAGUUGGAAACGCACUGGAGGCUGCGAUUAGAAGUACCAGCAGAUUCUUUCCCGAUUUUCCGAAUUUACGCGAUCUCCUAACCAACCCAGCAACCAACGGCAUUUAUAAGAAGGGGGAGACGAUGAAGGCCCCUAAACUAGCCCAGACCCUAGAAACUAUAGCGAAAGAGGGACCGGACGCCUUCUAUAAUGGGAGCCUCUCGGCUAAUAUCGCUGCAGAUAUACAGGACGCAGGUGGCAUCAUAACGGAAGAAGAUCUUGCUAAUUAUACCUUACGGAUAGAAGAGCCGCUCACCUUCCGGUUGGACUCUGGUCACGUGGUCUACUCUCCGCGCCCACCCUCGGGCGGGGCCGUCUACCUAUUCAUCCUUAAUAUCCUCAAUGAGUUCCGAUUUUCUAACGACAGCGUGUCAACUGUGCCGAAAGCAAAGAGAACAUGGCAUCGCAUGGUGGAAUCUUUUAAACAUGCCUACGCGCUGCGCACGCAACUUGGCGACAACCAAGUUGGAACACCCGCAUUUCGAGACUAUGUUGAUGAGCUGGUACGUAACAUGACGGACCCCACUUUCGGAGCGGCGCGACGUGAACGGAUCAGAGACUGUUCGACGUUCGAGGCGGACUAUUACCAACCUAUGUUUUUCAACAUCUGGGAUAACGGAACCUCACAUCUCUCUGUCCUAGGACCGAAUGGGGACGCUGUCUCAAUCACCAGUACCAUCAAUCUCUUUUUUGGUUCCAAAGUGGUCGGAACCCGUACAGGCAUUGUGUUUAACAACGAAAUGGACGAUUUCUCAACGCCCGGCACUAUCAACUCCUUCGGUGUUCCCGCCUCGGAAGCUAACUUCAUAGAACCUUGGAAGCGCCCCCUAUCUUCCAUGACCCCGAGUUUGGUGAUUGACCGCAACGGGGAUGUACAGCUCGUGGUUGGCGCUUCCAGUGGAACGAGGAUUAUUCCUGCUACAGCGUUGGUGACAGUCGCGACUCUUGAUUGGGGUUGGGGUAUCAAAGAGGCGAUCGACUACCCGAGGGUUCAUCACCAGCUUUUCCCUGAAACACUCCAGAUACAGACAGGAUUCCCAGGGGAGGUAAUAGACGGGCUACGGGCAAUGGGACAUAACAUUACAAUGUUGGACAGCGCUUUCAGUGUGGUCCAGGGGAUUCUGAGACGUGGGGACUACAUCACGGCCAACUCUGAUUAUCGGAAAGACGGGGCACCGGAUGGCUAUUAACAACAGUGAUCAUGUUUAAGCAGGCUUAUUGGAUAUACUAUUUUACAGCAGUGAUGAAAGACCACGUUAUAAACUAAGAACAACAAUUAACAACAUAUUUUCUUUAAUGACAGUAACAUCAUCAAGUUGUUUUUACAGCAAUUAUCCUUAAAUUAUUGACGCUCGUAAACACGAUUAUCGAUGGAAAUAAAUGCAAUAUUUAUUGACAG